AUGUAAGCGACGACGACGGCGUAGCUAAUAUCUGAAAGUAAGACGAAUCCAAAGAGGCAGCGAAGAACCAGCCAACCCAACCAAAGCUGUUCAACCCUCAAGCUAGCGGUCAGUCUCAAAGCCUCAACCUUUUCAAACCAGCCACUAAACUGUAAAGCUACGUCCAGUUGUCUACCCUCUACUCUAGUCAAGCCAACACCGGGUCAACCAUUGUUAAGCCCCUCGGCUCUCCAAUAAUUACUAUCCCUUCCAUGUGCCAUCCUCUCUCCAAUCUAUAAAUCCGGCCUUGGAGACACGCAAGGUUUGCCCAACCAAUUAGCCUAACGGAGCAGAUAGAAAUCUUUAUUCUCCUCUUUUUCUCAUCGAAUGGCUACUACUUCAUCCUCAAGACCAAGGUUGAGCGGACCAGUCUUACGCUCGCUAUCCCCAUCAGGGAGAUUCCAUAGCUCGCAGACAAACACGGUGUUAUCCAGCUCUUCGUCUUCCUCAUCAUCUUUUGCUUCUUCGACGAGCUCGAGCUUCUCUUCACCGUCGUCAACUUUCUUUGACCACCAUCACCACCACAGAUCCGCCUCUCCCACUCGCGUCAAUCUCUGCACGUCCAAUCCUGUAGUUCACCCAUUUCGCUUUUCUAUUAACAGAUCCAUCUCUCCGAACCGCUCCAUCUCCGUAUCCAAAGGCAGCAAUCCCCUCUCCAUCCCCCCCAAGAGGACUUGUAUGUGCUCGCCAACCACGCAUCCAGGCUCUUUUCGCUGCAGUUUGCAUAAGAACAGUCAGAAUGCUGAUGCUAAUUAUACGGCGUCAUAUCCUUCGAAUCGAUUGAACAUCCGGAGAUCGGCGAUGACCAACUCGCUUGUUAGGAUCGGAGGUGUUGAAGGAGAUUGGGUUAAGAGAGCGUUGACAGCUCUGAUUCGCCCUUCGUCUCAUCAACAAAGGAGGAGGGCGGCGUUCCGGCCGAGACCGAGUCGGCUUUCGGUUCUGUCCGAAAGCUGAGGAUGUUUUAAUCUUGGAUUGGAUUUUGUAUUUACAGUUACAGGUUGGUUUCUGAGUCAAACUCGCGUGACAGUUUAGUUGUACCUGCGGCAAGGCGACCGAGACUCAGCCCGGCGAUUCUGAGGCUUGAAGACUCUGGAAAGUUUUGUGAGAGGGAAGAGAAUUCAUUUUGUACAUAAUCACUUGCUAUGGAAGGAGAUUUUCAGACAUAUAAUUGAAUUCAUUGAAUCCAAAUUUGAUUAUAAACAUAAAACCGGGAUUCAAAACGGUUAAUAAUAGGGAGCAAUUCGAACUUCGGUUUGCAUUUGCAAAGACUUGUUCGGAGUUUUCAUCUAAAGUGAGUGUGACAGUGCAAAUCCGUUUUGUGUUUUGCAGCGUUUGGUGAUCACCGUCUACGUUGCGUUGAUGUCUCCGUUAGGCGUUCAGGGUCGCGCUCGCUGCUACAAUUAUUGCGUCGUCUGUUCUGGAAUUGCGUUUCGUCGAGUGUAAGGUAUAUUCUUUGGUUCUUCCCCAUUUUGUUAUUGUUUUGCGCAGGUCAGGUGAGCCGGGGCCUGACAUGAGAUGAGGGGUAUGGUUUGGUGUUGGACUUUCAAAAGCCAUUUUGAAAUUUGAACACAACCGUGGCUGACCUUUUAAAGAAUAUACUUUAAGUAUAUGGAGGACCGGGGCAAAAAAAUUCGUAAGACUAGGAGCACCAAAGGCGUUGUGAUUGACGCCAUAAAAAUUGGAAAAGGACAGCUGCCUCAUAAAUUGGGAAGACAGAAAGCAAACCAAAGCUGGCUUAUCAUGACUUCCAAGUCCUAACUCCUUAUCAUUAGAACUUGUUAGGACACCACAAAUUUUAAACAAUUGAAAAGCUGCGGCCAGUAUGUGAAUGGAAAAGCUAUGAUUAGAAAA